AUGCUCAUAUACCUGCUGUUGUUGUUUCUUCCAGUACUUACCUUUGGGAACCUUUUUGAAAGUGAAUUAAGGACAGUACAGGUCUCAAAUUCAGAAAUCAUCGUCAUCCAAGAACAUGAGAAACUUAAGCUCAAGCGUCGGGGAGUGUCAUUUAUGGACAUUUCUGACUUUCCCAGUCUUUUCAAAUCGAAAAUAGACCCUGUUGUUCCGUCAUACAAGUACCCCGCGUCGCCAUCUCAUCAGCAGAAAGGCGUUGAACGCCUUUUCCCCGCAAUCAACCGGGAUUCGAUGUACAAGAAUUUGGCCUCCAUGACCAGCUUUUAUACCCGAUACUACAAAUCCAAGGAGGGCGUCAAGUCCGCCAAGUGGGUUUCAGAAACACUACACAAUGUUACUUCAGUCAUUGGAGACCACGCAGAGAUCCAUCAUUUUGACCAUGCCAAAUGGGAACAGUUUUCUAUCAUAGUUCGAAUUCUGGGCUCUAAAGCGCCUGAAAAUGUAGUAGUAUUUGGGUCGCAUCAUGAUUCGAUGAAUUUAUUAUUUCCGUCCCUGAUGCCAGCGCCAGGUGCAGAUGACAAUGCGUCUGGAACAGUUACCAACAUCGAAGCAUUGCGCGUCUAUUGUGAAUAUCUGGCAGAAACCCAGAACUGGCCCAAAAACACGGUGGAGUUCCAUUUUUAUUCCGCAGAAGAAGGUGGACUGCUAGGUUCUUUGGACAUAUUUACCAGCUAUAGAGAAGAAUCGAAAUCAGUCGUGGCAAUGAUUCAACAAGAUAUGACGGGAUACAUCCAAGACAAGAAAGACGAGCACAUAGGCAUCGUAACAGAUUACACAGAUCCACGAUUGACGGAAUUUGUCAAGAUGAUUAUUGAUUCUUACCUGGAGAUCCCAUAUAAGGAAUCAAGCUGUGGAUAUGCUUGCAGCGACCAUGGUAGUGCUACGAAGAACGGUUAUCCUGCGGCAUUUGUCAUUGAAAGUGAAGACAGCCAAACGAACAGGUACAUCCAUACCAACAUGGAUACGCUUGACAGAUUGAGCCUCUCACACAUGGUUCAACAUGUGAGGCUGGCGCUGGGCGCAACACUAGAAUUGGGUGAUUGGGAAGUAGAACAGAUUCAAUCUUAA